AACCAGUAUAAGCACACUUUUUGAUUAUACAAGUUCGUAGCUCUCUAGGUUAAAAUUAUACUGGUUGGCUAGAAAGUACGAUUCUGUGUAGGAAUACACGGCAAGGACAGGGCGAAAGUAGACCAAGAUAGCCAGUUAGAGCCCACCCGUGGCCACGAGACCACGCGCCACGAUGUACGCUCGCGAAUCAGUGAAAGUACGAUAAGAUGCGAGUCGCCAUCACGUUGAUAUUUGUGUAGGUGCCUCACGUGUUGGGGUACGACUAUGCGUCGGCGUGCGCGCGGCCGCAACGUGCGGGGCGCGCGCGCGCCUCCGCCCCCUGCGAUCUCAGCAAGCAGAGCUACUGCACCAGUCCGGGAGAAGCUUACCCGUGGCACGCCAUCAGGAGAUUCGUGAGAGAAAACCAGGGUCUCAUGAGAAGAAUGUAUGGCGAAGAACGUCACAUAGCAGUUUUAAAAGCAGAACUGGAGAACUUCAUCGAAGACGACGAGGAUGAAAACGUUAAAAAGACUGAAGAUUUUGCCGAAGACAUAAUCAAAACAAAAAUGAUGUACACUAAGAAAAGCCAUGGACGUGCCAUGAGAGUAAAGCCCCAUUUCAGACCAAUCCAAUCCAAUUUCAAUAGGAAAUCUGAUAACGAUAUUUUAAGAGUAAAACCAUUAGAGUUUGACGGUAAUAAUACCAAAAUUAAUAAGACUGAAAACAAAAAUGUAACUGAAAUAACUAGUAAUGAGACGGUAUAUGAGGACAAAGGUAUAGCUUAUAAAACUAAGCUUGAAAGCAUUGCUAACAUUGAGCUUAACAAUUUGGAUCCAGAUGUCAUAACGCUUGAAGCUGUAAUAAAACAAAGCAUCGAAACGAAUAGCAUUUACCCAAAUUUCGGAAGCGUCAAAAGUAAACCAGCCUUAGACGCUAAAAAUAGCUCAUCGGAUAAGAAUAUCACAACAACAACAGAAGCCAUUCUCAACUCAACUGAGACAACAACCGUGGAUAUGCAGUACGACGAUACGACCACAGACGCGGAUAAAGACGCUUGGAAGCCGAUGACACCUGACACUUCAACUUUACCCCCGACACUUCUGUUUUCAGAGCACGAGAAGGUUAAAACUGACAGGAUAGACACCAAUGUCAACAUUGUUAACAAGAAGGAAGAGUUUCAUCCAAAGCCUGCACAACCAGAGGCUAUGCGGCCCGCAGUUAUAAAAUUACGAGGAGCGAACGCAUGUGAGUCCAAAGAGGAGAUGGCGGCCCCGUUCUGGGCGAACAGCACGCGCGGCGAAGUUCUGGCGCUGCUCAACAUGUAUCCCUUCGAGCAGUACAUCCAUCUAGAGACCUGUGUGAACGAGAAGAAGCAGAUGUAUUGCAGGGAGGGCUGCAGGUGUGAGCAGAAUUACCGCCUCCACAGACUGCUCGCCUACGACCCUCGCAACGAAUGCCGCGGGAUCUUCGCCGACUGGUUUAAGUUCCCGGCUUGCUGCGUCUGCAAAUGCUACGACGUCCCCUUGGAGUUUCGCGCCCGCUCCCCACGGAUACUACACCCACAGUACGGGGAAGAAGUGAAGAGAGUAAUAUAUGAAGACGUGGCUAGGGACUGGUAUAUGUCCGCGUAUGAUGAUGAAGAGGAUCUCUUUUAAUGUAAGCGUUUAAU